AUGAAUGUGACUCCAAGUAAGGCAGCUUCCAAACGGGGUGUGGCGCUAACCGAUUUCUAUGCGGAUACUCACAUCAAGUGCAGAGUGAUCAAAAUACCAGAGUCAUUUGUAAAAGUUGCCCCUGAGCAUAUAAAAUGCACUCUGCUCCUCAACUUUGGUUUCGUAGAAGAGCUCACAAACACAGUCCAUGCCAUCACUGCCACUCAGACUGUGGAUGGAAAGCUGUGGCGUGAUGUCCGUGGGGCAACCCAGAACAUCACCCCUGCAUCCACUGAUGCCACCAAGGCCGUGGGCAAGGUCAUCCCAGAGCUGAAUGGGAAGCUCACUGGCAUGGCCUUCCAUGUUCCUACCCACAACAUAUCCGUUGUGGAUCUGACAUGUCGCCUGGAAAAACCUGCCAAGUCUGAUGACAUCAAGAAGGUGGUGAAGCAGACAUCCAAGGGCCCACUAAAGGGCAUCCCGCACUACACUGAGGACUCACUGGUAGUUCCUGUUCCCAUUCGGCCCCCAACACUGAGCAUCUUCCUCAGAAUUUCCAUCCCAGACCCCCACAAUAAUAGGAGGGGCCUAGGCAGCCCUCCCUACUCACUUGAAUAUCAUUAA